AUGGCGGAUCCUACUGCAGACACAUUACAGAACCUCAACCAAGAAAUCCUGACCUGGACUAGGCUACAGGUUCCCAAAGACCUGGAGCUGGAUACUGAAUGGGCUGGAUUAGUCCAGCCACUGAUUAGGGCAUCCGGACACGAGGGGUCUAGGUGGGCAAAAACUCCAGCGUUCAGACAUGAUUCUUCUGGAUGGAAGACAACUUUGGAUCGGAGAGAAUUCAUAGCCUCGCCUUCCGCCCAGCUUUAUCAAGAGAAUCUGAAGAGUAGAGGAAAAAUACACGUGUCCUCUCAUGAGACAUUUUCUCGCAGGAUUGUCCACAUCGACGCCUUGCUCAAAUCAUACGUUCUAUUUUUCUGGAUCUACUUUUCGGCACCUGCAUUCGUGAAACGGCCCGAGGAAUUAAUGGUCAGGAUUUUUGUAACGAAAAAUGUCAACUUCAUUUUCCUACAAAGAUGUGAGCCACCCACACCGAACUUGUUGCAUGGCCAAGAAGCUCAGUUGAUGCUGUGGCCACAUUUCUGGCGAAAUGCGGAAGCGACCGAGUAUAGGCACCGUGGAAAAUAUACUAGGUCUGGUAAUCCUAUCUUCGGCGGCAGAACCCUACUCGAGAGGUUCGGUGAUCUUCUGGAUAAAGUAGGACCCAUGAAAUGGAAGAAAGAUUUUGUUGAUUUGAAGCCAAUCACUUAUGUUUGA